AUGAAGGGGUUGACUGCACCAAAAAUUGAAGGAAAGUUCUCUUUACGUGCAUCAUCUACAGGCUCUAUUUAUAUGGAUGAUGUUGUUGUCCCAGAAGAUAACUUGCUGCCCAAUGUAACCGGUUUGAAGGGGCCUUUUGGUUGUUUAACGAACGCGAGAUAUGGUAUAGCUUGGGGAACUCUUGGAGCUGCUGAGUUUUGCUUAGAUACAGCACGCAAUUAUACACUAAACAGAAAACAAUUUGGAAAACCUCUUGCUCAAAAUCAGUUAAUUCAAAAAAAGAUGGCGGAUAUGUUGACAGAGAUAUCAAUUGGACUACAAGCUUGCUUACAAGUAGGAAGGUUAAAGGAAAAAGGAAUACUCGCUCCAGAAAUGGUUUCAAUUAUCAAACGAAAUUCUUGUGGAAAAGCUUUGGAUGCGGCCAGACUUGCUCGCGACAUGCUAGGAGGUAAUGGAGUUUCUGAUGAAUAUCAUGUUAUACGUCACUGUAUGAAUCUCGAAGCUGUCAAUACAUAUGAAGGUAUGACGUCACUCUUUUUCUUUUUAGAAAUUGGCGUAAUUAGGGCCAGCGUAAGUGGAAAUGUCGGUAAAUUUGGAAUACUUGGUAAAAAAAUGAUUUUCUUCCCACCUUCCUACAGUUUCUAUUUCAAGUGCAAAAAGGCGCAAGCUCAAAAUUUAAAUAGAAAGAAAAGCAGUGGGAGAGUAAUUCAAGAAAUGAUAAAAUUUAAGUUUUACAAUAGUCCCUUCUAUAAAUCCGAUAAACAACUGGGCACACACGAUAUACAUGCGUUGAUACUUGGCCGUCAAAUUACUGGCUUGCAAGCGUUCAGUUCUAUGGACAUGUGA